AUGCCAUGCCCAUGCGCGACUCCACAAUCUGACCCACUAGCGCAAUGUAUGCCGAUAUGUCAGCGUUCAUGCUCAAGUUCAUGUCUACAGCAAAAUUUACCCUUAGAAGAAUGCCAAUCAACAUGCGCCAUUACAUGUCAACAAGCUUGUUCGAAGUAUCAACGGCUCAGUGGUCUCAUCAAUGGCCAAGCUUCUACUGUGCAAGCACUCCAGUCGCGAUCUGUUCAAUCCAUUUGUGCCCCAAAAUGUCAACAAACCUGUCUAUCAGUUUGUUUCGGACGUAAUUACCCUCGUGCCAAAUGUGAACAGACUUGUCAACGCACGUGUGCUGAGGUUUGCUCUAAACAACCCAAUUUGGUUCUGUCGGCAUCUGAAGCUGAAGUCUUCAGUGGUGCUCCUCAAGUGUCUCAAGCUAGCCCACCGAUCCAAGAGUCUCUGAUCGCUCCACAAAAACAAUGCGUUCCAGCGUGCAUGCCAGCUUGUCUUCCUGAAUGUACUGGUGAAAUCGAACGGCGCUCAACCGUUAUAACUGAAAAUCCUUCAGUAGUUUCAGUGUCCGGUCAGCUAACUUCGGCAAGUGCUGAUUCAGCCCAAAACCAACGAUGCGUUGACCAAUGUUUCAGUACAUGCAUUGACGUUUGCGUGCAAGCUCGACAGCCCUUGCACGGUUGCCUGAGUGGAUGUUCCGCGGAAUGUGGUAAUAAAUGUGGAGUGCAACUAUCUGGCUCGUCACCCCAACAACAAAUCACACGACCUGAGGUCAUAUUCCAAAUGCCCGAAGUCGGCCAGCUUGAACCUCGUCAACAAAUCCCAGCCGUUCAACAAACUCAAUACCAAUAUCAGCCUGAAGUCACACCUCAACAAGCCCAAAUGCCCUCGAUGUCUGUCCAACAACCCGAAGUAAUCGGUGACCAACAGAUGCAACCUCAGAUGCAAAUGCUCCCGUCAUCUCAAGUACAGAAUCAACAAUAUUUUACUGGAGGAGUUCAACAACAUCCUCAGAUGACCGCAACUGGAUAUCAAACGCAAACGCAAAUUCUUACCGGAUAUCAGCCUACCCAACCUCAACAACAAGUCAUAUUCGAACGAUCACAACAACCACAACCCGAGCCUCAACGUACAGUUAUAAUGGAACCUGUCUAUCCAACUUCACAAGUCUCACAACAAAUCUCAUCCAAUGUCCAACAACCCCAACAACAAGUUGAGAGUGUAUUUUUGCGACCU